GGAGAGAGAGGGAGGGAGAGGAGUCAGCCGUGACGUUUGUCUUGUCAUAUGAUUGUGGUUCAUGUUAGGAUCACGCCGCCGCUUUCAUCCACGCUCAGUCGGGAAUACAGGAAGAAACAGAUUGAGAGCAACAUCUACACUCAAAGGAAAUCGCCGCAUCAUGCUAGCGCUCAUCAACAAACUGCUAGAAUGGUUCAAGUCCUUGUUUUGGAAAGAAGAAAUGGAGCUGACUUUGGUCGGGCUACAAUAUUCAGGGAAGACGACCUUUGUAAAUGUCAUAGCGUCUGGGCAGUUUACUGAAGACAUGAUUCCAACUGUGGGCUUUAAUAUGAGAAAAAUUACAAAAGGGAAUGUUACAAUAAAAAUAUGGGACAUUGGAGGACAGCCACGAUUUCGUAGUAUGUGGGAAAGAUACUGCAGAGGGGUAAAUGCAAUAGUAUAUAUGGUUGAUGCAGCAGACUUAGAAAAAGUUGAAGCUUCAAAAAAUGAAUUGCAUAAUUUGUUAGAUAAACCUCAAUUACAUGGAAUACCAGUUUUAGUCUUAGGCAACAAAAGGGACAUUAAUGGUGCUUUGGAUGAAAAAGAACUUAUAGAAAAACUGAACUUGGUAGCAAUUCAAGAUAGAGAAAUCUGCUGCUAUUCAAUAUCUUGUAAAGAGAAAGACAACAUAGAUAUUACACUACAGUGGCUUAUUCAGCACUCAAAAUCAAGACGUUGCUGAAGCAUGUUUGUUGAUGAAGUCAGCCUGUUGAGCCUUUCUUAGACACCGAAGACUUGGAACUUUCUGAGAAAAAUUGUUAUUCAUGUCCCUGGAAUUAUAUUUUAAAAAGCUUUAAGGAAUGAUUACUUGAUGGCAGUUACUUAAGUAAUUUAAUGACUGCCAGAAAAAAAAUAAGAUAACUUAAAGAGACAUGCUGCCUUUCAAAAAGGAACAAAGGUAUUUAAGUACAGUCUGGGGUCAGUUUUUGCAUGUGCUUUGUCAUAUGUGUUCUAGUGCUGUGCUUUAUUGUUUUAAUUAUUUUUUAAAACAAUUACAAAAUGCACAAAAUGCACAGGGAAUUGAUUAGUUUGUAGGAUUUGUUUACAAAACAUGCAUUGCAGUAUGAUUUUAUUUUUUGAAAUCUAAUUAGUAUUCUUAUGCUUCAUUGCCUUAAUAAUUUUAAAGGUGUAUGUAAAGGUUUUUAAAAUACAAUGCAGCAUGGGGUUUUAUUUAAAUCUUUUUAGCUAGGUUAGUAUUUUAAAUACAACGUACAGCAGAAUGUAUAACACAUUCCAGCCUUUAUAUGCUUUAUUAUUUAUUUACUUUGAAAUACUAUGUUGUUUUUUCUCCUUUACAGCUACUAUAAAAUCUGUCUACUAUCUAAUCUAAAACCUAGCUAAAUGACAUAACUGUUUCCAGAUAAUCACAUAAGUGACCAGUAGUUUGAAACAAUAACCAAGGGAAUUCAUAGCCAUCUUAAAAUGGAGAUAUGCAUCAUUAGUACAGUUGUGACUUUUUUUUUUCUUUAAGUGCAAUUAAUACAUUUGCUUAAUAUUCCCAGCAGUGAUUUACUGUAUGUUUUAUUAAAGUAAAAAAUUAUCUUUAUACAAUUGCUGGUCUAUAUAUAUAUAAUUAUAAUUAUAUAUAUAUAUAUAUAUAUAUAUAUAUAUGUAUAAUACUGCUACAAUCACUGUAACCCAUGUAUGUACAGUAUAUUAUUAUUCAGUAUGUCUUGAUUGUAAAUAUUGCAGCAAUUUGUUCAUGCUAAAAGGAUAUUUUAAUGUGUAGCUUUAAAUAUGCAGCAAGUAAAUCACUGAAGCUUAACUUUUAUCCUGUCAUAGUAUCAGUGAUUUGUGUUUGUACACUUUUUCAUACCAGUAAGCGAUUCCUGGGGACAGACCCAAAGGGAGAGCUUUACAAGUGAGUGUAACCCAUACUGUCACUACACAUAUCUACUCCUUUGGUGACAGACAGGAAUUACUAGGGAGUGUUAUGCCAUAUCAUUGUGAGUGGUAUCCAAUAAUUAACAGAAGGCAAACUGAAAGAAAGGUGGUUACAGGAGUCAAUAUGAGUCCUUCAUUUCACUAGGUGGCAGCACAUGAUUUCUAACAAUAACACACCUGCCUCCUCUUUAAGAAAGCAGGCAUCCCAGAAGCAGUUCUUCAAGGCACGUUCAUGACUGUAUGCCCUGUGCCAUCUUGUUAGUGUCUUUGUUCCAGGCAACACCUUACCAGCAAGGUAAUUCUCUGCCUUGUUUGGUUCCCAAACACAGUCCUCAGUGCUUACAGAAUCAGGAGGUUAUUAUUAUUUAAGUGGAUACUAAUCAAAGAAUGUUUUUAAAUGUAACAUCUUAUUUUCCAUAGAUUUUGAGCUUAUUUGCAGUUGCAUCCAGGCUGUAGAUUUAAGUAUUCUGUAGUAUGUGUGUUCCUUUAUUUACGCAAAUUUGGAUUCUUUUGAAUAAUAUUCAUCUCAAAAUUAUACCAUCUUUCCAUUUUUAGUAUAUACGUUUAUUCUUAGUAAGUAGAUCUUAAAAGCCUAUUUUUAAGAAGAGUGCAAAUUGCACAAAAUAACUGAUUUUCUUUUACAUAUGGUUAAACUCAGAUUUGUUAAUUUGUUUAAGGGACAGUAGUUCUGUAUUCAGAAAUAAGAUGAAUUUUAAUAAUCCUAGAGUGAGUAACAAAUUCUGUGCAUAUCAUACUUUAAAUGGUUAUAUGGGGAAAAGUAUUUACUUAGUGUAAUGAUGGCCUGUGGUUGGAGUGAAAACCACAAAAACUGUGGCACCUGGGAACUGCACUUGGGAACUCUUACCUUAGAGUGUUACUUUUUCACCUAAUACUCAUGUCAAAUGUUUGCACAGACAUCAAGGUUUUGCAACUUACAGGUAAAGCUUAUCCUGUACAUUUCUUAGCAUGCCUUUGGUGCAAACAGUAUGUGUUGUAUGUUCCUUUAAGGAAAAAAGAUAAUGAAACUGUGGCCUUAGUUUGGCAUGUUUACAGUGAUGAUAUAGUGUCUGUAUUGUAUAUUUUCAAAUAAUGUAAUCAAUUGUAGGAUUUCUAAGUGUAAUAAACCUUACUUCAUUAGCCCAAUAAAUGUUUUGUUAUAUAUUA